CUCGGAAUGUUAUAUCUGAUGGAAAAAGCUGUGAAAUCAAAAUCCUGUCUUUUUAAGCGACACAUCAAAUGUGACUUUGAAGCUAAAUUACCUUUAACCGUUAAGUAACCGCCGGCCUGUAGCUGAGCUCAUAGCGGUUGUGUGUUUUUGAGAUGGUUGUCGUUAAUGUCGCUGCUGUUUUCAGCGUCAGCUAACGUUAUUUACUCAUAACUUUGUCAUAUACGCCACACAGUCUGGCGAGGUAGACUUCUUUCGUUUGCCCCUCUCUAGCGUGUGAAAGACUAUGAGUAAAGAGUCCAGGAUGAAGGCAACCGUUAACCAAAAGCUGACUGAGAUGGGGGAGCGAGAGAGACUGAAGGAGUUACUGAGGGCAAAGCUCACUGAGUGUGGAUGGAAGGACCAGAUGAAAGCUCACUGCAAAGAAGUAAUUAAAGAAAAAGGCUUGGAGCAUGUGACUGUGGAGGACCUGGUGGUAGAGAUCACUCCUAAAGGAAGAGCGUUGGUGCCGGACAGCGUCAAGAAAGAGCUCCUCCACAGAAUAAGAGCCUUCUUAGCUCAGCAUGCCACAUAAUUAAGAUUUUAAACAUUUCCUUAGACCGCCUGCCUAUACUCUCAUCAUAUAGAAUAUUUUUAAUGGUUUGAUUUACUUGAAUCUUAAAGAUACUUUUUUCAUUAUCUUGAUAUUUUCAGAGACAUACUGACACGUGCUUGGCAAUAUGUUUGUGUGAUUUUUCGAUUUCUGUUACUACAGUUAUCACGGAUUUGUUAAUGCACUUACAUUGCACGCUAGCUGUCCUUUGUUAAAGGGAUGUGCUGUAAAGAUAAAGCUUUGGAUUUGCUGAACAACAAUCAUUUUCAAAAAUGUAAAAACAAACAGUAAAAUAUAUGACGUAAAUAAAUAACAACAAUAAUAUGUUUGAAUAGAGGCUUUUUUCUGUCCUGACUUCAUUCUCUCCUAAUUAUAACAUUUGCAUUUCUUGUUUUCAGUCGGCAUUUUAUUGCAUUUUUAAGGUGGUAUUUAGUGGAUACACAGAGAUGGGUGGACCAUUUAGAGUUUUGAUAGUUUUUGCAAAAUAUGCUGUCAGUUUAUCUGUACACUGUUACAGUACACACAGUAAAAUAUUAAUUUUAAUGGACUGAUUUCACAUCCCACUUGUAUGCAGGUAGGCUGUGUAAUCUUUAUAUGUUGUUGCAGAAAUGUCACUGACCAACAGUCUUUUGUUGUUUAAAGGGCUGCUUUGCUCUUUAUAAAGAAUGUGUUAAAAACUG